AGAAAGUGGGCGUCGCUGAGCGGAGAGUCCGCACUGUGUUUACUUCCGUCAAUACAUCGAGGAGACGGUCGAAAAGAAGAACAAGAAACAGACACGGAAGAGGUACAUAAAGGAGUUGUCGUUGCCUGUUGAGGUGCUUUGCAUAGCAGCGAACCCCCAAUUACCACAUAAAAUGCCUUUCUUGGGCAAGGACUGGAGGUCCCCGGGGUGCAGCUGGACAAAGACAGAACACGGCUGGAAGAGGAUGGUCUUCUAUGGACACGAGCUGGAAGACAGCAACAGAGAGUUAGACCUAAAAGAGUUCCCCUGUGACAAUAACGAGCACCUGUUUGUUGAAGAUAUUUGUGAACUUGCCACCCCAAAAAGGAGAAAGAACUUCUACAACAACAACACAAAAUCUCAGUUUUCUUUCAGGGAUAAAUGGAUCUACGUCCAGAAAGGCAGCACAAAGGAACGCCACGGGUACUGCACUCUUGGCGAAGCACUGAACCGCCUGGACUUUUCCAGCGCCAUCCACGACUUGAGACGAUUCAACUACGUGGCAAAACUUUUCCAGCUAAUAGCCAGAUCCCAGCUGACGUCGUUGAGCGGCGCCGCCCAGAAAAACUAUUUCAACAUACUAGAGAAGAUUGUACGGAAAGUUGCGGAGGACCACUACAAUCCACGCCUUGUCAAGGAGCUCCUGCAGGAUCUCAGCUCCACACUGCACAGUCUGACACUCCACGUGGGCAGGUGCGUGCUGGUAGGCAACGUCAACAUCUGGCUGUGUCGUCUGGAGAACAUUCUCAAGUGGCAGCAGCAGCUCAGCGACCUGCAGAUCCCGAAGCAAAUGUGUACUGGCAUGUCGUUCAGCGACCUGCCGCUGCACAUGCAGGACAAAAUCCUUUACAAUCUGUCUGACGCCUGCGACAUCAUCAACCUGGGACAAGCCACGCCCACGCUGCACAUCCUCAGCGAGAACAGGAUGCUGUGGAAGAGGCUGUGCCACUUCCAUUUCUCUGACAAACAGCCAUUCUCUAGGAAUUUGGUCUUGACCAAGAGUGACAGCGUGGACUGGAAGCUGAUGUACUUCACCCUUCAGAAGCAUUACCCGGUGAAGGAGCAAUACGGGGACACGCUGCACUACUGCAAACAUUGUAGCAUCCUCUUUUGGAAGGAUCGCCACCUGGCAUUGUUAUUAAAGGACUGCGGCCAUCCGUGCACCGCCAACGAUCCGGACAGCUGCCUCGUGCCUGUCUCCCCGCAGCACUUUAUCAACCUCUUCCAGUUCUAAGUUGUUCUUCAGCGGCGUCCAAACCAGAGAGUGUAUGAGAUCCUGAUGUUGUUUACCUAAAUACAAAGGGCUUCAAUUGAGGUACAUUUUACAGUACAGUACACCGUCUAUAUUCAUUUACGCACAACCCUUUCCACGGGCGACGGGAAAGAAUAAAUAAACCACGCGUUACUGAUUUGGAGAAUUUUUAACAAGUUACUCCCUUUUUUGCACAAAUGUUGAAGUGAACCAUGAGUGUAAACUCAAACAGGAUACAGGCGCAUCUCACUAAAUUACAAUAUUGUGCAAAAAUGAUUUGAUUUCCAUAGGUCAAAUUAUUCAAAUUGCUUAAGAGACCAAUUAAAGGCUCUGGGAGCUUUUGCGGUUCAUUUCAGUGUGAGCCAGUAGUUUACAAUGCCUAACUUUUUGACCACCAUCAAAUUUUGUAAGCUAUAAAUUUGUAGGCUAUUUAGUCGGCCCUUGCAAUAUCACGGUUUGAUUAUCAUUCCCUCACCAUAUUGCGUUUUUGUCUCUGAAAUCAAUUAAUUACUAUUACAAGUAAUUUCUAAAUUAACGACUAAAUGAUUGGUAGGCUAUAGUCUAUUAUUAGUCAAAACAUAUUGAAAUAUACAUGAUAUGUAGCAUUCUGGUCACUCGACGACAGUAAUGACACAAAAUAUUGAGAAAUUAACCCCCAUUCUGUGUGGAAGUGGUAAGUUUGUGGCUUCUUAAGUUAGAAGAAAUAAAGGCUAACUGGUUAGCUCGCUAGCUUGUUAGCGAGCGGCCUGUCUGGAGUCCCGGCAGCAUAAGAGUUGAGCAAUGUGUUGCAACAAAGAAUAAUAGGAGACUAAAGGUGACAACAUGGGUGUUGUUUCAUGUCUACAAGGCUCUAAUAAUGUUAAAAAACAUAUAUAGGAAGUCAUAAACAGGUUUUCUAGGCUGUAACUACGAAAAUAUACCAUUUAUUAACAUAGAUUCCUGUAUCGCGGUCGAGUCUCAAACCAAUUAAGCGCGAUAAACGAGGGAUGGCUGUCAUCAUCAAAAUGAUUACAAAAUUAAGAAAUCCAUUCUUAAAAUACAGCAGUUAGCCUCAAAUGUAUUUCUCCUAAACGUAAGAAGCCAAAAAUGUACCACUUCCACACGGGAUGGGGGAGAGCUUUUUUUCUCUCUAUCAUGUCGGACAUGCCACGGCUGACUUCACGACUUCCUGCAGUGUUAAGGUAAUGUAAUGUCAGGUAAUGUCUCAAU